AUGUCUCAGACAAAGAUAAUACAGGGGAAAAUAUUCCGAGGCGAGAACACGAAUGGCGACGGGCAAGAAUUGUCUCGUUCGUCGUCCGACGCGGCUCUCACUAUUGAUAUUCCCAAACCCGUGUUAAAUGAGCAGCAGCAGGCUCCUCUACCACCGCCAAAGCUUACGAAGGCUGACUCGACCUCUCCGAAACACGAGGAGCAGAGUGACGAUGUCAGAUCGUUCCGCGAGAGGCUCGCCAACAAGCUUGGUUCGACUUACCGCGGGGCGGAAAGGUAUCGUCUGGACCAAGAUGCAGAGAAGAAACAUCACUGGAAGAGAUGGGGCCCAUAUCUCAGCGAUAGGCAAUGGGCCACCGUCCGCGAGGAUUAUUCUUCCAACGGGGAUGCUUGGAGCCACUUCCCUCACGAACAUUCUCGUUCUCGCGCAUAUAGAUGGGGUGAGGAUGGGAUCGCAGGCAUCUCAGACAAUCACCAGCGCCUCUGUUUCUCCCUUUCGCUCUGGAACGGCCAGGAUCGUAUCAUCAAGGAACGCCUCUUCGGUGUUACCGGACAUCAAGGAAACCAUGGAGAAGACGUGAAAGAAGUGUAUUAUUAUCUAGACUCGACUCCGACACAUUCGUACAUGAAGUUCCUCUACAAGUACCCUCAAAAGGCCUUUCCAUACGAAGAGCUGGUGCGCGAAAAUGUUCAUCGCGACCGCAAUGUCUCAGAGUUCGAGAUAUUGGACUCCGACGCGUUCGAUGAUGACCGCUAUUGGGAUGUAUUUGUAGAGUAUGCGAAGGACGAACAAGAUCCUGAAAGUGUAUAUGUGCGCAUCACUUCCUAUAAUCGCGGGCCAGACCCUGCCACACUGCAUGUGGUUCCUCAAUUCUGGUUCCCCAACACAUGGUCCUGGCCUCUCAAGAAGCCUCCAAUGCCCGUAUUGAGCGCUUCUGGAAACAGUGUCAUCACAGCUGUGCACCCAACCUUAGGGAAAUAUCAUUUGUACUGCCUUCCGUCCCCUCCUCCCGUCAGCGCGGACGGAGAAUACGUCAUCGAUGAUGAGGAUCUAGACGCGGUCGAGCCCGACUUACUCUUCACGGAGAACAACACGAACUUCCACAGGCUCUAUGGGGGGCAAAACGAGACAGCUUAUGUCAAAGAUGCGUUCCACGACCAUAUCAUACCUUCGCAUCGUCCUCCACCCACGGCCGAGGGACACCCGGGGUUUUUUGCUACCAAGAUUCAUACAGGAAUUACUCCUCACCACGUAGAGCCGGGCAGCGAGAACAGCACCCCAAGCGACGAAGAGGAGGGUCCGCGCACACCUUUCCCAUUGACGCCGUCCUUUGUUAACCCCGCGCAGCGCGGAACGAAGUCCGCGGCACACUACGUCUUCCGCGAUGUGCCUCCGCGCGGUGGCUGCGCCGUUGUACGCCUCAAGCUGACACCCAGGCUUCCCGGGCAGGACCCAAGCAUCGAGGAUGAAGCUAUGUUCGAUGACGCGGUUGAGGAACGUCGAGAAGAGGCGAACGAGUUCUAUGGUUCUCUCGUUAUGGGCCCUAUCAGCGAUGAUUUGCGGCAAAUCAUGAGACAGGCCCUUGGUGGUAUGCUGUGGACGAAACAGUACUACCAGUUCUCCCAGAAGGAUUGGUUGCAAGGCGACCCGGCUCAGCCGCCACCGCCUCCUGAGAGGAAGUGGAUCAGGAACAGAGAAUGGAAACACAUGUACAUUGCCGACAUUCUUUCUAUGCCUGACAAGUGGGAAUAUCCGUUCUUUGCUGCUUGGGAUACUGCGUUCCACUGCAUUCCGCUGGCAGUCGUGGAUCCAGCUUUUGCAAAGAAGCAACUCGAUGUGCUCACUCGUGAGUGGUACAUGAAGCCUGAUGGGCAGAUGCCAGCGUAUGAGUGGAACUUCAGCGACGUUAACCCUCCUGUUCACGCCUGGGCAACUUUCCGCGUUUUCAAGAUUGAACGCAAGUUGUACGGCCGGGAAGAUCUCCAGUUCUUGGAGCGUGUCUUCCAAAAGCUAUUGCUCAACUUCACAUGGUGGGUCAACCGGAAAGAUCAAGGAGGGAACAACGUCUUUGAGGGUGGUUUCCUCGGGUUGGAUAACAUCGGUGUCUUCAAUCGAUCAGAACCCUUGCCCACUGGUGGUGUUCUCCGUCAGGCAGAUGGAACGGCGUGGAUGGCAUUUUAUUGUCUGAAUAUGCUGAAUAUCGCUCUUGAAUUGGCUAAGCAUAACUCUGUCUACGAAGAUAUCGCGUCCAAGUUCUUCGAGCACUUCAUCUUCAUUGCUGAUGCGAUGACCUACCGUGAAGGCGAGGAUGAGCUUAGUCUAUGGAACGAAGAAGACGGGAUGUACUACGAUGCAAUUCAAUUCGGGCCGGGCAGCUCAAUGCAGUUGCCCGUGCGGAGCCUCGUCGGUCUGAUUCCGCUUUACGCGACGCUGGUGCUAGAACCCGCGACUAUCAACCGCUUCCCUGGCUUUAAGAAGCGUAUGGAGUGGUUUAUUGAUAACAGGCCCGAGCUGUCGGGGAGGAACAUGGCGAACAUGAAAGUUAAAGGUAGAGGCGAACGCAGGCUUCUGGCGCUAGCCAGCAAAGAGCGACUUGUCAAGAUUCUAGAAAAGAUGCUGGAUGAAUCUGAGUUCUUCAGCGAGCAUGGGAUCCGAUCUUUGUCUAAGAAGCACAAGGAUCAACCUUGGGGAAUGGAUGUCAACGGCGAACGCUAUGAGGUCAAUUAUUGGCCCGGAGAUUCCAAAUCCGGGAUGUUCGGUGGUAAUUCGAACUGGAGGGGACCUAUUUGGCUCGCUGUGAACUUUAUCUUGAUAGAGAGUCUGCAGAGGUUCCAUCAGUAUUACGGUGAUGAGCUGCAGGUGGAAUGUCCCACGGGCAGCGGAGAUUACAUGAACCUUGUGAAUGUCGCAGAGGAAAUUCAGCACAGAAUCAUACACAUCUUCGGGCGCGAUAUGGAGGGCAGACGAGCUGCGAACGGAGGGAAUCCGAAGUUGGAUCGUGAUCCUUACUUCCGCGACUACGUCUGGUUUUAUGAGUUUUUCCACGCUGAUGAUGGUCGAGGAUUGGGUGCUUCUCAUCAGACGGGAUGGUCCGGACUUGUCGCGUAUCACAUCCUGCAAAGUGGCGCAAGCUGUCGCCUACCAAAGACGCCCAAGACUCCUCGUAGCCUCGCGCAUCACUACUUCGACGAGACCAUAGACUCGCAGUCCGAGUACGGCGACGAGACGCAGUCGUUGUUCAGUGCAUACAGUGCAGCAGACCUGAACACUCUCGGCGAUAUUUCCCCUGACGCUCUCUAA